UGGUCUGUAGAAAUUUAGAAUUUUCUUUUGCGGCGGCGUCGGUUGUCGUGCAAAUUCGCGUUAGCCCGUUUAGUUAUUCCGUGUCCUAUCGUGUCCUCUCUAAUUAAAUGUGCGCGCUAAUGCGCUAAAUGGUUUUGUCACUUUGUUUAAGCCACACUCUCGCUGUCUCUCUUUCUCUCUCUCUCUCUCUGUCUCGCGGUGUGUGUUUUUGAACCUAUCUCUCUGUGUGUGACCUAUAAUUAUAAUUACUUAAGUUUAAUCAGUUAUUGUUGUUUCAUGUUCAACUGUUCAACCACAGCAUUUUACAAUAGUAGCGGCAACAAAAACAAAAACAGCUACAAAACAACAAAACAAUAAAGCAACUAUUCUAACAACAACUUGACCACACACACACAGUUGGUCAGUCUGUGGACGUGACUACAGCUGCAUACAGAUUGAAACAAAGACGAUUUGGGAUAAGGCACGCGCCUUCAAAUACCUGUUAACGUUCGCUGCCCAUCGCUGACCCAACCCCAACCCCAAUACUAGCACAUACUACCCCACUUAUACACACACAGACACACACGCACACACAAAUAGCCCAUCGGCAACACAAUGGGCAAGAAGAACUCCAAAUUGAAGCAGGACACCAUUGAUCGUCUGACAACAGACACAUACUUUACCGAGAAGGAGAUACGGCAAUGGCACAAAGGUUUUCUCAAAGACUGCCCGAAUGGCUUGCUGACUGAACAAGGAUUCAUCAAAAUUUAUAAACAAUUCUUUCCGGAUGGGGAUCCCAGUAAAUUUGCCUCAUUGGUGUUUCGGGUAUUCGAUGAAAAUAAUGAUGGAGCUAUUGAAUUCGAGGAAUUCAUUCGUGCGCUUUCCAUAACAUCACGCGGAAAUCUGGAUGAGAAAUUACAUUGGGCCUUCCGUCUGUACGAUGUCGAUAAUGAUGGCUACAUAACACGGGAGGAAAUGUACAACAUUGUUGAUGCCAUAUAUCAGAUGGUGGGUCAGCAACCGCAAACGGAGGAUGAGAACACACCGCAGAAGCGAGUGGAUAAGAUAUUCGAUCAGAUGGAUAAGAAUCACGAUGAUCGUCUCACCUUAGAAGAAUUCCGCGAAGGUAGUAAAGCUGAUCCACGUAUAGUUCAGGCGUUAAGUUUAGGUGGUGAUUAACCGCAAGAUAAAUAGUUGCGCUGAAUUUCAAGAUUGUCAAAAAAAAGAGAGAUGGAACUAUGCCCCGAAGCAGAGUCAACGAAUUCGUGCACAAUAAAAUACAACAAAAAAUAUAUGGUUUGAUAUCUAUUGACUAAAUCAAUUUGCAAGAAGUUUUUACCUCCCACACACAGAUACACAAAUACACACACAUACACAUACAAAUACAACACACAUGAACACAAACAUAAACAUACAUACGUAAUAUACAUUUGCCAUUUGCCUGGCGGCAGCUUGUUAGCCCCAAAGCCGCGGCCAAUAAAAUAAAUAUAUUAAAAUCCACAAUUUGAAGCCAGCAAACUUAGAAUGCAAAACUAAAUAAAACAAAAAUAGAGCAAAACAACAAAAACCAAAAAAUGAAAAAAAUAAACAGAAAACAAA